CGGCACCGGAAUUACGAAACCACCCCGGGAACGAGCUUGAAACCAACGCGACUCGGCUCACUCGGCCGAUCCUCUCUACAUUAGAAAGGAAGCAGGAGAGUUUUCUCUGGUCUGUGGCUCUGUGCGCGCGCGGGGUUGGAACUUGGGAGUCUCUCUGGUUGGAGGAGUCUGUGCUCGUUGCGAGGGCGAAAUAUUAGAGACAUAAGCGCCCCUUUUCUGCGUUAUCUGAUCUCUCUCUCUCUCCGAAGUUCCAUUGUUGCCUUCCCGUCUCCCCCGCGCCAUUUCGCCGAGUUUCUCUGCUGCCGCUUGAUCCACUCACCCGCCUUCUCCGCCACUCAACUCUCUUUCUCUCUCUCCGGUAACUGUCAGAAAACCCUAGGACGAACUCUCUUGAAUUCGAUUCGCUCCUAGCUUGCGAUUUCUGUGCAUACGAGUUACGUUCCUUUUCCCUUCAUUUCUCCCUCGCGGUUUAUUCUGACUGCUUCGGUGUCUGAUUUUCGUUCUUCUCAGGCAUAGCGCUUCUUGAUCGUCGUCUCCAAGCUGUGUAGCGUCUAAUUCAAUUACGAUGUUCGGCUCUCCAAAUCGUAAGUGCUCUCUCUCUCUUUUUUUUUUUUUUGGUAAUCUCUUUGCUUUCUUGGUGUUGCUUCGUGACUAGCGUCUAGCGUGGCUUGAAUUGGUCGUCUUCUCUUCUAUGCUUUGCACAUUUUGAUGUGAUUUUCUGCUGGUUCCAAAAUUUCACUCUCAAACAUGCGUGAGGAAUUAGUAACUGCUUCGAGCCUGGUCCUUAUCAGUUGAUGAUCAAUCUCGGUUGUUGGAAUGCAUUUCCUUAUGAAUCAUAGUUUUUCAUCCUUGGACUUUUAUUGGCUGUUCUAUGUAUCAUUCCAACUUCCGUGAUGGCUUAGUGUGUUUUGAAUUUUUGGAGUAGAAAGAUCCGUGUUGAAAUUCGAGAUUGGUGCAUGACUUUUUUCUUUUCGUAGACGAAGGAAGAAGUGAAAUUGCUGCAUUACAUAUUAAACAUGUGUUUUGAGGUUGGCUGUGUCUGGAGGAUUGAUGAUUGAUUUUCAUGUGAGGAUUGAUUGUUAUUGAAACAAUGCCUCGGCAGCGGUAUGUGUGACCUGAAUUUGAUACCUUGAAGAUUUCUUAUUGCAUACCCCCCCACAGCAGCACACAGAACCCCACAAGUAAAUUGCAUAUGUGCUGACUGCUGAGUUCAGUUGCAGUUGGAAUUGUUUUCUAUAUUCAACUAGUUUUAUAUCAAUGACACAUUUUAAUGAUCUCUGUAAUUUGCCAGCUUUUGGGCAGACAUCAAGUAGCCCUUUUGGGUCAUCGGGCUUUGGCCAGACAAGUGCUCCUACAAAUAAUCCUUUUGCACCCAAACCCUUCGGCAGUCCAGCCCCUUUUGGUUCUCAGACUGGUACUUCGAUGUUUGGGGGAACUUCAACGGGUAUGUUCGGCACACCUCAAACUUCAUCCCCUUUCCCAUCUACGACAACAUUUGGGGCCUCGUCAUCUCCUGCAUUCGGGAGCUCAAUGCCUGCGUUUGGAGCAUCUAGCACUCCUGCUUUCAAUAGUUCUUCGUCAACAUUUGGUGGGUCGUCUGGUUUUGGUCAAAAGCCUGCCUUUGGAGGAUUUGGGUCUAAUACAACUUCUAGCCCAUUUGGAGGCACUAACCAGCAAUCACAACCUGCGUUUGGGAGUAGUUUGUUUGGUUCCACAACACCUUUUGGGGCAGGCUCUCAGCCUGGAUUUGGUGGGACCAGCACCCCUGCCUUCGGCUCAACAAGCACUCCUGCCUUCGGUUCAACAACCACCCCAGCUUUUGGUGCUCCAAGCACUCCCGCGUUUGGUGCGACAAGUACUCCAGCUUUUGGAUCAACAGCAAGCCCCGCUUUUGGCAGCACAGGAGCAGCCUUUGGUGUGUCUAGUACCCCAGGUUUUGGAUCUUCCGUUUUUGGCUCGUCAAGCACUCCAGCUUUUGGUGCUUCAUCUUCUCCGGUUUUUGGGGCUGCAAGCAGUCCAGCAUUUGGGGCUUCAAGUGGUCAAACUUUUGGUGCAUCUAGUACUCCAUCAUUUACCUUUGCAUCCAAUUCAGCUUUCGGUCAGUCAACUUCUGCGUUUGGAAGCAGCCCCUUUGGAGCACAGAGUUCUGGAUUUGGGUCCCAGGCCACAACACCAACAUUUGCAAGCUCAGGCUUUGGGCAGGCACCAUUUGGUACGCAGCGAGGUGGAAGUAGGGCGGCACCCUAUACAGCAACUCCUGACACAGAAACCACUGGUACAGGUGGGCAGGCUGGGAAGUUAGAGUCAAUAUCAGCCAUGCCUGUCUACAAAGAGAAAAGCCACGAGGAGUUACGAUGGGAGGAUUAUCAAUCAGGAGACAAAGGCGGGCCUACUUCCUCUGGCCAGCAACCUGGCGCUGUCAGUUUUAAUGCACCGGCAGCACAGUCUAACCCGUUUGCUCCUUCAUCCGCAUUCGCUCAAACUUCUGCUAAUCCUUUUUCUGCGACUACGUCGUCUAAUCCAUUUGCUCCCAAGGCUUUUGCUCCAUCAGCUACCUCAGCUUUCAGUUCUUCACCUUUUAGUGCUCCAACCGCAGCUAACCCUUUUCAGUCAACAUCAUUUCCGUCCUCAUCGAGUAGUCCAUUUGCCUCGACAUCUCCAUCUCUCUUUGGCCCAUCAAGCACAACGAGUUUCGCUUCCACGCCAUCCCUGUUUACUUCUAGUGCCCAGGGAACAACCUCAACAUUUAACCCUACCACGGCUUUUCCCAAUAGUUCUUCUACAUUGUUCCAAUCGACCGCACCUUCGCUUUCACAACCAGGUUCUGGAUUUGGACCAGCUACUUCUUCCUUUGGACCUAGUUCCACCUCUCCAUUUGGUCCUUCAAACGCUUUCAGCACCCCAGGAACCUCACUUCAAGGAAGCCUUUUCUCAAGUACUCCGUCUUUAUUUCCUUCAACUAACCCUGUCUCUAAUGCGACACCUUUUCAACUGCCUCAAUCUAGCUUUAGUAACUUCAGCCAGUCUCAAGGUGGCACAAGUUUGUUUUCAAAUACACAUGGUCAGAACAAUUAUGCACAACAGUCUAUCGGACAGAGCACUGCUGCUGUACUUCCAGCACCUGUGACAAAUCCUUUUGGCACUCUCCCAGCAAUGCCUCAGAUAUCUAUUAGUAGAGCUGGAACUACACCUUCUGUGCAGUAUGGGAUCUCUAGCUUGCCUGUUGUUGACAAACCUGCACCUGUCAGAGUAUCAUCCUUAUUGACCUCUCGACACCUGUUGCAAAGGCGGAUCAAGAUGCCUGCAAGGAAAUAUAAUCCGAAACAUGAUGGUCCAAAGGUUCCAUUUUUCAGUAACGAGGAUGAAUCUUCCAGCACACCCAAGGCAGAUGCCCUUUUUGUUCCUAGGGAAAAUCCAAGAGCUUUGGUAAUUCGCCCAGUAGAUCAAUGGCCCUCAAGAGUUAGUGCGGACAAAGUCUCUCCGGCUAGGGAUCUGCAUAAAAAUGGGAAAGUUCCAGAAGCAGCAAUGGAUGGAGAUGAUGUUUCUUCCUUGAAUGGUACCAACAAGGCCAGUGACAAAGAUAAGAACGCGGGUGAAAAUGGCGUUGGCAACAAGGAGCAUGUGGAACUGAAUCAGAAACUCAAUGGACGAGUCCAUCACGAAGAUCAUUCUAGCCAGAAACUCAAUGGUCACAGAGCUGGAGAAUCGGCAAUAGUGUACGAGCACGGAGCAGACAUCGAGGCACAAAUGCCAAAACUCCGUCGCCCCGACUACUACACAGAGCCGCGGAUCCAGGAACUGGCGGCUAAAGAGAGGGCCGAACCAGGUUAUUGCCGCCGUGUUAGGGACUUUGUGGUCGGACGUCAAGGCUUUGGGAGCAUCAGGUUUCUGGGUGAGACGGACGUGCGGAGGCUUGAUCUGGAUGCUAUCGUCCAGUUCAACACUAAGGAGGUGAUAGUGUACGAGGACGACGAGAAGAAGCCACCUGUAGGACAAGGUCUGAAUAAGGCUGCUGUAGUCACGCUUCUCAACAUAAGGUGCGUCGACAAAGCCACCAAGAAAGUGUUCACAGAAGGACCAAUGGCGGUGAGAUACACCGAGCAGCUGAAGAGGAAGACUAAGGAACAAGAUGCUGAAUUCGUGUCGUACGAUGCUGCAAAGGGCGAAUGGAAGUUCAAGGUUGAGCAUUUCAGCGCGUACAAGCUCGUGGAGGAAGAAGAAGAAGAAGAAAAUGUUUGUGAGAAUCGUGUUGACUAGUAAUGGUGCUGGAGGAUUCGUUAUAUAAAGAUUCAAUGGCUUCGAAGGUUGUAUAGUAUACUACUGCUAUGUUCCAGAGAAUAGCGUGCUUGUUUCUAGUUCCUGCUCGCCUGUUGUUGGUUGUCCAUUCUUCCAGGUCGUGUUUGUUUUUGAAUCGGGGUCCUUAUGCCUCGUUUGCCUUCAUUUUUCGACCUUGUGCAGAUAGCUGGUUUAAAAUAAUAAUAUGGGUGGAUUUAUGGGGGUUGAUUCGUUGACACCAUUGUAUCAAAAUAGAUAUAGAAUAUUUGA